AUGACAGAAACAAUAAAUAUCUUGAUUUCGACCUUCCCGGGGCUGGGCGCGCCAUCGACCGUAUCCUUCCCUAUCGAAUCUACAUCAUCGGCAUCAGAGAUAUGGGAUCAACUCGAGCGACGAGUGGCUCUCCCAAACCAACGCCUUUUUCUCACUACACACACAAACAAGAACAUCUCUUCAACAUCGACACAAAGAGUUAGGUCUCUUCUGCCAGAUCCCAGUAAUGACUUUCUUUCACUACGACUCUCAGCCCCGCUAUGCGGUGGCAAGGGUGGUUUCGGGUCCCAGCUCCGUGCCGCCGGUGGCCGCAUGUCAUCAAAGAAAAAGAGCAACGGCGAUAACAACGGAUCAAGUCGUAACCUGGACGGGCGUCGCGUCAGGACUGCCAACGAGGCCAAGGCGCUCGCUGAGUACCUCGCUAUCAAACCCGACAUGGAGAAGAAGGAGAAGGAGAAGCGUCGGAAACGAUGGGAGGAGAUCGUGGAGAUGACCGAGAAGAAGGAGCACGAGAUCAAGUACGGUGGCAAGGGGCGUCUCGACGGCAAGUGGGUGGAGGACAAGGAGGAGGCAGGGGAGAGGACAAGAGAUGCCGUCCUCGCAGCUCUUAAGGCGGGAAAUAUCACCGACAACAUGAUGGUCACCCCAGGUUCCAGCAGCAAAGCCGCUCGUGUUCCGCUAGAAGAGGCUUCCAGCGACGAGGAUAUGGCCGAAGGUGAUGAGAGUGAGAGUUCGGCACCAACCUCACCACCAUCGGAGCCUGAAAAGGUUGACAAAGGAAAGGGGAAGGAAAAGGCACCGGCCCAAACCAAGGCCCCGGCACAAAGCAUGAAGUUCAGUGGUUUUGACGACGAUGACGAGUUCAUGAGCUCAAGCGAUGAGGACGAGAGCAAGUAGGAGGGACUGAGAUAUUGUGAUUUUUGGUUGGUCAUUCGGGCGUUUCGGGGCAUCACGAGCGGUCUUCAAUUGUCGGGACUCAUUAAC